CCAACAACCUUCCUACCCCCCUCUAACCCAACAACGACCAAAACAGACACAGCAACAUCCCUAACCCACCAAACCGAAACCCAAGCCAUGCUCUCCGUAACAACCGGCUUCCUCUCCGCCAUCUCCUCCAAAUCCCGCUCCGACUUCGACCGCUACUGCAUCCGCGCCGGUGGCAUGGCUCUCUUCCCACCAACCCCCGCAAUACCACGCUUCUGCACAAUCGGUUCCUUCGUGGAGCAGAUUUCCAAGCUUAGGGAUGAGAUUGAUGAGAGGAUUUGGGAUCCUGAGGUUACGGUUUUGGGGGACGGGGGGAUGGGGUUUGGGUUUGUUUGGGCACCGUUUCGGGCGAAGGUUAAUGGGGUGGUGAAUCAUGUUGGGGUGGAGUUGUUUGUGUUGCAUAAGGUUGGAGGGGAGUGGAAGGUUACGGGGAUGGCGGAUUCUUGUCGCGUGCCGACGGAGGACGAGAGGAUUUCGUUGGCUUAGAGUCUUUGUUGGGUUCGCGGGGAGGGGAGGGAGGGGGAUGUUUGGAUAUACAUGAGAGAUAACAUGAUUGAU